ACAUGACCCUGUGCAGCAAAUACAUGAUGAGGGAAACCCUGCAACACAUUUCUCAGCCCCACAAUUUGCCCUUUACUUCUGCACACAGCUGUAACGCUAAGAAGGGAGCAACAAACACCAAAGCUCACGCUUGAGGGGACGCCUCCUGAACCCCUUCCUUGCUACACCAACUCCAGCCAGCGCCACGGGGAGCAGCCCCAGCCCCCAGGGCAGCGCGGUGCGAGGUGUGCAGCGCAGCGACGGAGGAGGAGGAGCCGCCCGGGCAGGUGUGCCCGAAGCCGGCCCCGGGACGCUGCGAGCCCCGCAGAGGACGGAGGGGAUGAUGGAGCCGAUGAUGGAGCCGCUGGCGGCCAACGGCAGCUGCAGGAACGGGUCUCUGCUCAGCAUUUCAUGCCUUUCCCAACGAGUUGUGUGCCAAGUGGUUGGAGGUGCUGAGCUGGCUGACCCUGGCCAUGACAAUGGGACUGGGGAUACCUCCUGGAUAACGCGGCUGGAAAGCAAUUAUGGAUUCUACAUUGGCUUGGGCUUGGCUGUCUUCUCCAGCUUCCUCAUUGGUAGCAGCGUCAUCCUCAAGAAGAAGGGGCUGCUCCGGCUGGUGGAGAAGGGAGGCACCAGGGCAGGAGACGGAGGCCAUGGCUACCUGAAGGACUGGCUCUGGUGGGCUGGCUUGUUAACCAUGGGUGGAGGGGAAGCUGCCAACUUUGCUGCCUAUGCCUUUGCUCCUGCGACCAUUGUCACACCUCUGGGGGCCCUCAGCGUGCUCAUAAGUGCCAUCCUAUCUUCGUAUUUGCUGGGAGAGCGGCUCAACCUGCUGGGAAAGCUGGGUUGCAUGCUGAGCCUCGUGGGCAGCACUGUGAUGGUGAUACAUGCCCCGGAGGAAGAGGAGGUCACCACUCUGGAUGAAAUGUUGUUUAAGCUGAAAGAGCCAGGCUUCCUUGCCUAUGCUGCGGUCCUUUUGGCUGUCUGCUUCCUCCUCAUCUUAUACCUCGCACCUCGCUACGGCCGGAGCAACAUCCUCAUCUACCUCACCAUCUGCUCUGUUAUUGGGGCCUUCUCCGUGUCCUCGGUCAAGGGCCUGGGUAUUGCCAUCAAGGGAUUCUUUGCUGGCCAGCCUGUGCUGCAGCACCCAUUGACAUGGAUCCUGGUCAUCACACUGGUGGCAUCCAUCACUACACAAAUUAACUACCUCAAUAAGUCUCUAGAUAUUUUUAACACCUCUUUGGUGUUUCCCAUCUACUACGUGCUGUUCACCACCAUCGUCAUCACAACUUCCAUCAUUCUCUUUAAAGAAUGGGUGGCCAUGACUGUAGUGGACAUCAUUGGGACAGUCUGCGGCUUCCUAACCAUCAUUUUGGGAGUGUUUUUACUUCAUGCCUUCAAAGACAUGGAUGUCAAUUUAGGGAAUCUGCCACAGGUCCUCCAGAGUGAACAGGAGGCACCGGUCACCCGAGAUGACAAGAACAUCCUGAUAGAGGUGGACAACUCCAGCAUCGCUCCGGAGGAUAAACCCAAAGUAUUCAUGAUCUAUACCUAGCACACUAUAUUCGAGGGUUUGGAGGUGGGGCAUAAAACUAAUCUGAGUGGGUUGUUGCCAGAAUUCCAGAUGCUAUUGAGGAACUUAAUAAUGGAAAAGCAAAAAUUAAAACCAAUGGCGUCUUAUCCAAAGCUUGGCAGAGUUAAGCCAAGACUUUCACUGGGCUCGCACUGGAUCUUUGUGAUGGCGUGGCAGCAAUUGUCACCAGGCUUUAAUAUGCACAGCCUCUGAAAAUCCUCUUGAAAUGAGGUACUCCCAGGACAAAGCCCCUCUUCAAUGCCCCUUGCCAUCUCUUCUUGUUGGCAGGGCUAGUUUUUACUCUGUACUCCUUCCCUUGGGUAGAGAUAUCAUUGACGUAUUUAUUUCUAGGCCUUGAUCGAUUCACUGAUUACUGUUUUUGUGUUGCUUUUGUUUUCCAUUCUAGGCACUUGCAUGAACUCUAAAAUACACAACAAUAUCUCAAACGAAGGCAAAAAAUGAGGACUGAAUGGUGUAUUCCUGCUAGUCACAUUCUGCUUAUCCAUGUUCAAUCAUUCUGCAACUAUGGAUGAAGAAUAUUGGUAAAAUAUGGUGAAUUUUGGAAUAAGUGUCAGGACCCAAGUCAUAACAUGUUUAUAUGGGAUUGUGGCAGAUAAAUGAUUUUACAGUUUUGUCUGUAAGGUGCAGGAGCUUCCCUGCAGCACAGUGUUAAUUAGUUUUAUUCUACUUUUUUUUUUUUUUUCUAUUAGAAACUGCAGUGCCCAGACUGCAGUGUUGCUGAUAGUGAAGCCACUGGGCCUGAUGCAGACCUCACCCAAAUGAGCAAGGGGCAGACCCUGCUCAGGCUACAUUGCUUCAGCAGGUUAACCCCCUGUCAGGAGAACUAACAACUUCUGUAACCCUUCCUGGUGACUGAUGAAAAAUGCUUUCAGCCUGAAAGACCAAGUGGGUGAAUGUUUCAAAGCUGCUUUUCUUAGCAGGUAUCAUGACCUCUCAGCUCACCUUCAGUAUUCCCUUGUAUUUGGAUCAUGGGUGGGGAUGCAAGGAUGGGAGCCCACUGGGCACAGCAAACCCUAACCCAGCUGUGCCAAGCUUACUCAGUCCAGAGUUACUUACCCUGGACCAGGACAUGUACCUACACAGACCCAGUUUUAGGUUGUCAGGCUGUCAUUGAAUAAAUCUGACUUGAGGUUGGGGCAGGGAGGAUGAUGCAAUCUCUUAUUUUAAUAACA